AUGAAUUAUUCUAAUCAGAAUAGUGUGAUAGGUCAAUAAUCUACUAAUUCUGAGGAAUAAACUUUUGAAUAAGAAGUUGAGGAAUAUAACUAAUAUAAAUGUAUGAUUGAGAAAAGAAAAAUUCAAAUAAACUUCCAUUAGGAUUAAUAAAUCAUAUAUUCAUAAAAUGGAACCAUUUUGAGAGUGUAAAAUAUAUUUAUAACUUAAAACAUAGAGUAUAAGGCAAUGAUGCUUUUGAGAAACCAGAACUAUUUAAUAAUAUGGAUUAAAUCCACAAUCUUUCAUGGUAAGGUUAGUAUGGUAAAAAGCAAAAAAAAACUGAUAAAUGGAUUGCUUUUUGGAAUAAUGAACUUAUAGAGAAUGUUGGUGGAUAUUAUUAUGAAGGGUAAAAGUUAGGAUUAUGGAAAGAUCUAUUCCCAAAUUAUUGGAGGUAGGUUAUUAUUAAAAAAUAUGAAUAGUAAAGCAUAAAUUUUCGAAAUUGGAGAAUUUUAUGAUGAUAUUAAAAUAGGGAAAUGGAAUUAUAUUUAUUUGGAUGAGAAGAUGUAUAUAAUUUUGAAAUUUUUUAGGGGAGGUGGCUUUUACAACAAAAAUGGUUAAAAGUAAGGCAAAUGGAUUGAGCUUGACAAAGGGUUUUAUAUUGAAAAACUAGUCUAUUAUAAAGGUGAAUAUAAUAGGAAUGGAGCAAAGGUAGGAAGUUGGGAUAUUAUUUACAAGAUGUGUAAAUAUUUACCAUAUAAUUAAAUGUAUAUAUUAUUUCAGUAUAAAGUGGGGGAAUAAAUAUGAGCAUCUAGAGGCUAUGGAUCAUAUGAUUAAGAAGGAAAUGAGAAAAAAAUCGGAAAGUGGGUAGAAUUGUUUGAGGGAUUUUAAUAUUGUUCUUAAGUCACUUGUAAUGGUGAAUAUAAUAAGAAUGGUAUGAAGAUAUGUAGAUGGUAUUUUAUGUAUUGUGCACCUGAUAAGGAUGAAUAUAAAUAAAUGUAAAUAUUAGAUAAGGUAUAAAGUGGAAUCUAAAUAAAUAUAUAGUGGUGGGGGAUCAUACGAUUAAGAAGGAAAUCAAAUAAAGAUAGGAAAGUGGAUAGAAUUGGUUGAAGGAUUUUAUUGUGAAAAAUAAGUGUAUUAUAAAGGUGAAUAUAAUAUGAAUGGUAUGAAGGUAGGUAGAUGGGAUAUUAUGUUUUGUAAAUAUAGAGAAACGAAAUAUCAAAUAAUGUAAAUAUUAUCAAGUAUAAAGCGGAAUAUAUGUAUUUAUUUAGUGCUGGUGGAUCAUAUGAUUUAGAAGGAAAUUAGAAAAAGUUUGGAUAGUGGGUAGAAUUGGUUGAAGAGUUUUAUUGUAAAAGAUUAGCCUAUUAUAAAGGUGAAUAUAAUCUGAAAGGUAUGAAGAUA